CUUAUCACCUCUCCCCGUCCUUUUCAAGCUCUAUAGACAGUUUCCCAAUCAAACAAAACGCAAGAGUUAGGUGAAAGGAACAAGGAGGCUUUACCUACCAGCAGAAAACUCCCCAAUUCCUCUUUUGCAUUAAUCUUCUGCGGUUUCGAUUCUCUGCCAAAGAUUCUUCCUUUCGCCUUUAAAUCGUAUCUGCUGUCUUAAACCACAAAGUCUCGAACUUUUUUCCACCAUGGCAACAACAACAACCACUCUCAACGGCGAUGACGCCAACACCACAACAACUCCUCCAGACCCUCAGAGGACUUACCAAGUCGUGGUAGCCGCAACCAAGCAAAUGGGUAUCGGCAAAGACGGCAAACUCCCCUGGAGCCUCCCUACCGACCUCAAGUUCUUCAAGGACAUCACUCAAACAACCUCCGACCCAACCAAGAAAAACGCCGUCGUGAUGGGUAGAAAGACGUGGGAAUCUAUCCCCGCUAAGCACAGGCCCCUCUCCGGUCGCCUCAACGUUGUUCUGACUCGCUCUGGUGGGUUUGAUAUAGCCAACACCGAGAAUGUUGUCACCUGCAGUAGUGUUGAUUCUGCUCUUUAUCUCUUAGCCGCACCGCCUUACUGUUUGUCUAUCGAGAGGGUCUUUGUUAUAGGAGGUGGUGAUGUUUUGAGGGAAGCAUUGAACAGGCCUAGUUGCGAUGCUAUUCAUUUGACUGAGAUUGAUACGAGUAUUGAGUGUGACACGUUUAUACCCGAGAUUGACACUCGCGUUUAUCAGCCUUGGUGUUCGUCUGUUCCUAUAACUGAGAAUGGACUUCGGUUCUGCUUCACCAGUUUUGUCCGUGUGAAGAGUUGUGCUGAUGGUGAUGAAAGCAACGGGUCGCAGUCUCUUCUUCAGUUUUAUAAUGGGAAGAGGUUUUCGUUUCUCCCCAAGAUGGUUUUCGAUCAGCAUGAGGAGUUUCGGUAUUUGAAUAUGGUUGAUGAUAUUAUCUCGAACGGUAACGUGAAGAAUGAUAGGACGGGGACUGGUACGUUGUCGAGGUUUGGCACACAGAUGAAAUUCAAUCUGCGCAGAAGCUUUCCACUUCUGACAACGAAGAGAGUGUUCUGGAGAGGUGUUCUUGAGGAGCUUCUAUGGUUUAUAAGCGGCUCAACUAAUGCAAAGGUGCUUCAGGAAAAAGGUAUCCAUAUAUGGGAUGGGAAUGCUUCAAGAGAGUAUCUUGAUGGUAUUGGUCUGACUGAGAGAGAGGAAGGCGACCUUGGACCUGUUUAUGGAUUUCAAUGGAGACACUUUGGGGCCAAGUACACAGAUAUGCAUGCUGAUUAUACUGGCCAAGGAUUUGAUCAGCUGGCAGAUGUAAUCGACAAGAUCAAGAACAAUCCUGAUGAUCGGCGUAUCAUAUUAUCGGCUUGGAACCCUUCUGACCUCAAGCUGAUGGCGCUUCCUCCGUGCCACAUGUUCGCACAGUUCUACGUGGCGGAAGGGGAGCUCUCGUGUCAGAUGUAUCAGCGUUCAGCGGAUAUGGGCCUUGGUGUGCCGUUUAACAUUGCUUCCUACUCUCUUCUGACUUGCAUGCUAGCUCAUGUGUGUGAUCUUGUUCCCGGUGAUUUUAUCCAUGUCAUUGGGGAUGCUCAUGUGUAUCGAACUCACGUGAGGCCUCUCCAGGAGCAACUUCGGAACCCACCAAAACCUUUUCCUGUUUUGAAGAUAAACGGUGAGAAGAAAGAGGUUGACUCUUUUGUGGCAGCAGACUUUGAACUCAUUGGGUAUGAACCUCACAAGAAAAUAGAGAUGAAAAUGGCAGUUUAGUUUGUUUCCCCCAUCCAUCUCUUACUCAAGUGUGGUGAUGUAAAAUGUAAAAGAUUGAAUACCCUUUUGUGUGGGUGAGAUAACUUUAACACUGAUAGUGUGAUCGAUACAUGUGUGUUGGAAUCCUUUAGUUCCCACACAGGGUUCUAAAGCGAUUUAGGGGGUUCUUGAUGCGAGUUUCCUUUAUAUUCGGAACGAAUUUUGGUCUGAUCUUA